AUGGUGGAUCACUUGCUGCCUACUGAUGAAUCCUUUCAAUCUACAAGAUCUUCUCUUGGAUACUUUGGGGACAUGACAGCAGGGGUGAGGUCCUACCAAAUGCUGCCCUCUCCCCUGUCAGAAGAUGACAGCGACUCGUCCAGCUUUUGUUCUUGUUCCAGCCCUGACUCCCAGGUUCUCAGCUCCAGCUAUGGAAGCACGUCCAGUGCGGAAAGUCAGGACAGUAUCUUAGACUACUUAUUGUCCCAGGCAUCGUUGGGGAGCACUGCUGGGACAUGGUGGGACAAAAGGAGACUUCAGCCAAUCGUGAAAGAGGAGUACUUUAGGUUGCCUGAAUUUGCUGUGGAUAUGGAAGACUCAGGACCAUUUCAGCCCACACUUGAGGAAAUUGAGGAGUUUCUGGAGGAGAAUAUGGAGUUGGAGCUCAAAGAAAGACCUAAAAGCGAGACCAAGGACUUGAGAGCUUGCAGCCAAGUUUCUGUUGCUUCGCUACAGCAAAAAGACCAUAUGUUACCCAGUGCUGGUUUAAAAGAGAGCAAAAAUGAACAGUUGAGCAGCGCAACAGAAGGUGUCCAAGCUUCAAAUGGAGGAACGUCCCUGGAGAAUGGAAUACCGGUUAUGCUCCAAAUUCAGCCUGUACAGAUCAAACAGGAGUCCAACACGAGCCCCAGUUCCCAAGGACCAUCACAAGAGAACAUUAAAAUUGCACAGCUCCUAGUCAACAUCCAAGGACAGACAUUUGCCCUUGUGCCUCAGAUAGUUCAGUCGUCCAAUUUGAACUUGUCCUCUAAAUUUGUCCGCAUCGCUCCCGUCCCCAUUGCCGCCAAGCCAAUUGGGCCAGGAGGCAUGAUCCAGGGUCAGACAGGAAUCAUCAUGGGUCAGAAAUUUCAAAAGAACCCUGCAGCAGAACUCAUUAAAAUGCACAAAUGUUCUUUUCCUGGUUGUACCAAGAUGUACACGAAAAGCAGCCAUUUGAAAGCCCACCUGAGGAGGCAUACAGGAGAAAAGCCUUUUGCAUGCACGUGGCCGGGUUGCGGAUGGAGGUUCUCCAGGUCAGAUGAGCUGUCCCGGCACAGGCGCUCCCACUCGGGGGUGAAACCCUAUCAGUGUCCUGUCUGCGAGAAGAAGUUCGCUCGAAGUGACCACUUGUCCAAACAUGUCAAGGUGCAUCGGUUCCCACGAAGCAACCGCUCCGUCCGCUCCGUGAACUGA